UUUAUCCCAUCGACUGUACGUCAGUAGAUUCUAGUCUUUUUCAAUUUUUAUUUCUUGCGUCUAUUUAUCUAGUACGGUUUACUACGGGCCCACUUUUUCGUUUCAAAAUCGAGAAAUCGCCAAAAAUACAGUUGUUAUGGCCACACAAAAUAAAUAUUCAAAUAAAUAAAAAAUAUUUCUGCAGACAGAAUAAAUUUUUUUGCAAGUAUUUACUAAAACGAUGGAGAAAACACCCGAAGAAAAGCCGCAGAAAGCUUCAAAAAAACCUGGCGCCAGAGAUAAAGAUGAUGAAGCCUACGAAGCACAACCCAAGAAAGUACGUUGGUUAACCCGAGCCAUGGCAGAAGAUUUCACCAGAAACGAUGUAUUGCUAACCACCUUCCGAGAAGCUAUUAUUUACAUUGUGUUUAUAAUUGCAGUCACAAUUUGUACCAUAGGACGGCGCUCCGCGUCAAUGUUCUAUAUCACGCAAGCCCUAAAGGGUCAAUUUCUGGACAAGGAAUUUCAAACCGCCAACGACGUUGGCAUCAAUUUUUAUGACAUUAGAUCAGCGACAGAUUUUUGGCAUUAUGCAGAGUCUUUAAUGUUGGAUAGCUUCUACUGGGAGCACUACUACAAUCGGUACGAUCCAGUUGCACCAGCUCCCGAAGACGAUAAAAAAAUCUUAUUCGAAAACAAACUGUUGGGGGUUCCGAGGAUCAGACAAGUAAGUGGGAAACUUUUGUUCCAAAGUAUUCAACACACAGUUCAGGUGAAAGUCAAAAACGAUUCCUGCAUAGUGCACGAAUAUUUCAGAAGACUCUUCUUGACUUGCUAUGAUCUGUACAGAGAGGCCGACGAAGAUCAAGAAACGUUUGGGCCUGGCGAAGGAACCGCGUGGGUUUACAGUACGGACGCCGAAACAGAAAGCAUUCCUUAUCCGGGGAAAAUUUCAACCUACGAAGGUGGCGGUUUUUACCAAGAUCUCACCACCACUAGAAACGCAAGUUCUAUAUUGAUAGCGGAGUUGAAGGAGGAAUUGUGGAUAACAAGGGGCACCAGGGCUGUAUUCGUCGACUUUUCCAUUUAUAAUGCAAAUUUAAAUCUCUUCUGCAUUUGCAAAUUAGUUAUGGAGUUUCCGCCCACCGGAGGGAUAAUCCCAUCGCACUCAUUCCAGGCAGUUCACCUACUGCGAUAUACUAACUACUGGGACUACGUGACGUUUGCUUUUGAAGUCACAGUAUACCUCAUUGCUAGUUACUUUUUGAUGGAGGAAAUCCGAGAGAUCAUGUAUUUCAAACUUCGAUACUUCUUACAGUUCUGGACAUACAUAGAUGUUACUAUUAUUUUUAUGGCAUCGGCUAAUUUUAUAACUUCUCUCAUAAUUUUUCCGAAUGUUGAUUCCACCAUUAAAAAAAUUCGAGACAAUCCUGAAAAAUACGGCAACUUGGAAUACCUUGCAGAUAAAAAAAUUCUCUAUAACAAUUUUGCUGCUUCCUUAUUGUUUUUCUCCUACAUUAAAUUGUUCAAAUACUUGAAUUUUAAUAAGACGAUGGGGCAACUUAAUAAUACCCUGAAAAGAUGUGCCCUCGAUAUCCUUGGAUUCUCUAUCAUGUUCUUUAUCAUCUUCUUCGCCUUCGCCGAGUUAGGAUACCUCUUGUUUGGCAGUCAAGUGGAAGAUUUUAGCAGUUUUGGAGUGGCAAUGUUUACGCUUCUGCGUACAAUUUUGGGUGACUUCGAUUACCAAGCCAUAGAACAAGCCAACAGGGUUUUGGCACCCAUUUACUUCCUUUCAUACAUAUUCUUCGUCUUCUUUGUCCUACUGAACAUGUUUUUGGCCAUCAUUAACGACACCUACGCUGACGUGAAAACCGAAAUCGCUAUAGCACCAGACGAAAUGCAGAUGACUGAGUUUCUGAAGAAAGGAUUUUACAAAAUGUUGCAAAAGUGUGGUUGUAAUAUCAAGUACUUUGAACAAGAGAAGGCUGAAUUUAAUGCCACGAUUCAGCAAAUUCGUGACGCUCUUAAAAAAUGCGGCUUUAGCGACCUCGAAAUAGAGAUGUUUUUUGCGAGGUACAAUAUAGAUCCUUUGGCUGAAGUAGGAGAGUAUGAUGUUAAGAAAAUCAUGAAGGAACUGGAGGGACAAUCAAUGGCAAACGAACGAAUGGAUGAAGACGCCACUCUUGUGCACGUCAGCGACUUCAUAACGCAACAAGAGAGACUUGAUCAGAUUGAAAAGACCAUUCAGCAACUUGCCACAAAAGUAGAUAACUUACUUAAAAAGUUGGAAGCUCUGGACAACGUCAGAAAAGCUAAGGCCUCUCAGGGAUAAUUUUAGAUUUAUUGACUUAUAAUGUUUAUUAUGAAUAAAAAUGCGUUAAUUUUC